CCCCGCUGCUCCGGAACCGGGGUCCCAGCCUCCCGGGGGAGCCCGCGGGGGCCCCUCAGAGCAAGCGGAGGAGGCCGGGGACAGGGCUCUGAACCCGCGCCCCACGGAGCGGGCUGUGAUUGGAGCAGACACCCGCGUCUGUCCUCCUGGACGCAGCGUGUGCCGAGCGGGCGCCGCCAGUCCGCCCGAGCGCGGAGCCGCGCGCACCGGGUCCCUCACCGGGUCCCGGAGCGCCCGCGGGCGCCGGGUCGCUGAGCGCUCGCCCUUUCGGAUGCGAACACCCGGGCGGCGUGGGUGGCGAGUGCCGGAUGCCUCCGGGAGGGCGGCGGGGCCCCAGGAACCUCUGACACCAUUCUUGGGCGAAGGCGAUUCUGCGGUGGUGACCGCCUCCAAUCGGACACUCUACAAACUAUCGUCUCUGGACUCUCAGCUGACACCCUGCCGGAGGCAAGAGCUGCCAAGCCAACUGGAACUGUGCCUUCCCUGUUGUCAAGGCUCUUUUCUUACACAGGAAAAAGGAAGAAGAAGAAAAAGAUGAAGUUGGGCAGAGUGGAGUUCUGCCACUUCCUGCAGCUGAUCGCCCUGGUCCUGUGCUUUUCUGGGAUGAGCCAAGCGGAACUCUCCAGGUCCAGCUCAAAGCCCUACUUCCAGUCCGGGAGGUCCAGGACCAAGCGCAGCUGGGUGUGGAACCAGUUCUUUGUGCUGGAGGAGUACAUGGGUUCAGACCCCCUCUACGUAGGAAAGCUUCACUCUGAUGUUGAUAAAGGAGAUGGUUCCAUCAAAUACAUCUUGUCAGGCGAAGGGGCAAGUUCCAUUUUCAUUAUUGAUGAGAACACUGGGGAUAUCCAUGCCACCAAGAGGCUGGAUCGCGAGGAGCAGGCCUACUACACGCUCCGAGCCCAAGCGCUGGACAGGCUCACCAACAAGCCCGUGGAGCCCGAGUCCGAGUUCGUCAUCAAGAUUCAGGACAUCAAUGACAAUGAGCCCAAAUUCUUGGAUGGCCCAUACACCGCUGGGAUUCCCGAAAUGUCUCCUGUGGGGACCUCAGUGGUACAAGUGACAGCAACCGAUGCUGAUGAUCCUACAUAUGGCAACAGCGCCCGCGUGGUCUACAGUAUUCUGCAAGGACAGCCAUAUUUCUCGGUGGAACCCAAGACAGGAGUCAUCAAGACCGCCCUUCCAAACAUGGAUAGAGAGGCUAAAGACCAGUAUUUGCUUGUUAUUCAGGCAAAGGAUAUGGUUGGUCAAAAUGGAGGACUCUCAGGAACCACAUCUGUCACCGUGACCCUCACUGAUGUCAACGAUAACCCACCUCGCUUUCCUCGAAGAUCUUACCAAUAUAAUGUCCCCGAGUCAUUGCCAGUGGCCUCUGUUGUGGCCAGGAUUAAAGCUGCUGAUGCAGAUAUAGGGGCUAAUGCUGAAAUGGAAUACAGAAUUGUGGAUGGUGAUGGAUUGGGGAUUUUCAAGAUUUCUGUUGACAAAGAUACACAGGAAGGAAUCAUUACUAUACAGAAGGACCUGGAUUUUGAAGCCAAAACAAGUUACACACUACGGAUAGAAGCUGCAAACAAAGAUGCCGACCCUCGCUUUCUGAGCUUGGGGCCCUUCAGUGAUACGACAACCGUGAAGAUAAUUGUGGAAGAUGUGGACGAGCCCCCCGUGUUUUCCUCCCCCUUGUACCCCAUGGAAGUGUCGGAAGCUACCCAAGUUGGGAAUAUCAUUGGCACCGUCGCAGCUCAUGACCCAGAUUCGUCUAACAGCCCUGUGAGGUAUUCAAUUGACAGAAACACAGACUUGGAGAGAUAUUUCAACAUUGAUGCCAACAGUGGAGUGAUUACAACGGCCAAAUCUUUGGAUCGGGAGACAAAUGCUGUUCAUAAUAUCACAGUCCUGGCGAUGGAGAGCCAGAACCCAUCUCAAGUAGGACGAGGCUACGUGACCAUCACCAUCCUGGACAUCAAUGACAACGCCCCAGAGUUCGCCAUGGACUAUGAGACCACUGUGUGUGAGAAUGCCCAGCCGGGGCAGGUUAUCCAGAAAAUCAGUGCGGUGGACAAAGACGAGCCAUCCAAUGGACACCAGUUUUAUUUCAGCCUAGCCACUGAUUCAAUGAACAACCACAACUUCUCACUGAAAGAUAACAAAGACAACACGGCCUCCAUUCUCACCAGGAGGAAUGGCUUUCGGAGGCAGGAGCAGUCUGUGUAUUAUCUGCCCAUCUUCAUCAUGGACAGCGGGUCGCCUUCGCUCAGCAGCACCAACACCCUCACCAUUCGAGUCUGUGACUGUGAUGCAGAUGGAAUAGCCCAGACCUGCAACGCUGAAGCCUAUGUCCUACCUGCUGGCCUUAGCACUGGAGCUCUGAUCGCAAUACUUGCCUGUGUCCUGACAUUACUGGUGUUGAUCCUCCUGAUUGUCACCAUGAGGAGACGGAAAAAAGAGCCCCUCAUUUUCGAUGAAGAGAGAGAUAUCAGAGAGAAUAUCGUUCGCUACGAUGAUGAGGGCGGAGGAGAGGAAGACACGGAAGCUUUUGACAUGGCAGCAUUGAGAAACCUCAACGUCAUCAGGGACACCAAGACCCGGAGGGACGUGACUCCAGAAAUUCAGUUCUUGAGUCGGCCGACUUUUAAAAGCAUCCCAGAUAAUGUCAUUUUCCGGGAAUUUAUCUGGGAGAGACUGAAGGAAGCUGACGUGGAUCCCUGUGCCCCCCCUUAUGACUCCUUGCAGACCUAUGCAUUCGAAGGGAACGGCUCAGUGGCUGAGUCCCUCAGCUCCUUGGAGUCCAUCAGCUCAAACUCUGAUCAGAACUAUGACUACCUGAGUGACUGGGGGCCCCGUUUCAAAAGACUAGCAGACAUGUAUGGGACUGGCCAGGAGACUCUGUACUCCUAGCCUUGGAGAUUGCAUUGGAAAUGCACUGAAGACAAAGUCAAAGCAAAACAAACUAAAAACUCCCCUGGCUAGAGGAAACGGUUGUAAAUAUGUCUCCAUUUUUAAUGGUUUGGUUUCUACCUUGGUGAAGCGUUCGUUCGUUAGAUGGAUCCAAGGACCACACUGACCACAGACUCUGAGCAUUUGAAGGCUUUUGUUAAAAAGAAAUGCUCAGUGAUUUGUGAAUAGAUAGCAACUCUCAAAUACCUGCAAAGGCACUAACCUCUAUGAGUAAGUGGUGCCCUAUGUUGUCAGUGAACCAAGGAUGCCCAGGGCACACCUCAUGGUUCUGUCAGUGAACAGCACGAUGUGCCACUGAGAAGUCCUGCAACUUCUCGGAUAUAGAAACGUGGGACAAAUUUAAUUUAUAGUGAUGCUUUACGCUUGCUAGAUUAGAGAAUCCAGGAAAUUUUAUUGCUCUGGUUUAGCAAAUAUGUUUCAUUUAGCAAAAUAUAAAUUCUUAGAAAAAUCUUUCCCAAUCCUCUAAUACAAGCCAACGAAAUUGGAUUUAAGGCAACGUAAACCAUUGUUUAGCAAAUAUAUAUGAAGUGCUCCAAAGAAGAAAAAGGUUAAUCAUUCUGAAAGUGUGCAAUUGUUUUGAAAUGCUUGUGUAGGUAUAAAAAAAGUUGCUGUCUAUUCGUUGGUUUUUUUGUUUUUGUUUUUUUUUCUUAUUACCUCUUCUGAUUUUUACAGGAGAAUAUCUUUCCUUUUUUAUCUGACACAUGGUCUUAUAUUAAUUUUUGAGCUCCAAUAUCCACCAAAUUCAGUUUCAUCUUACUGCCUCAUAGUAUUGAGCUCAUCAAAACAUGCUGAUUUUUCACCAGUCAGAGCUCCAUGAAAGAAAUGAAGCAUGGAAAUGGAGAAGAAAAAAACAACAGAGCAAUUGAGCAUCUCAGAGCAGAGCACCACUACAAGGACAUUUGAGUUAUUGGUCUGAGUCAUUGGAACGUACAAAACAUUGGAAUGAAAUAUUUGUAUUUAAACAAAAAGAUUUCAGAGAGAAGUGAGAUUUCUUUUGAUGCGAGAUUUAUUUUUCAAGGUCAAGAGUUCUAUAUGCUCCAAAGACUUUUGAGAAUUUGUUCUACCCCGCCUUCUUUUGCUGUAAGCAUAUAGAGCGAAAGACUAAUUUUUUAAAUAUGUCUUAAUAUCAUGUUAUAAACUUCAAAACCCAUCUUUAAAUUCCAGUGCUAAUAUGUUCUUCAAGAAUAGGCCUGGCAAUGUAGAAUUUCUAUACUGGUUUAGACGUGCCAAAGUGAGGAGAGUAAUUUCAAGGGAUCAUAUGUGUUUAAGUUUGUGAUGGGCUUCUUCAAAAAGAAGAAUUUUAUGACUAAAUAUUUCUACCUAUCAUUAAACAACAGUACUAGUUUAAUGUGCAUAUAUUCAAGUAAGAAUGGAUUUGUUUUCUUUUUUCCUUUGAGAGAGAGUUAUUGUCGGGUUCCUAAUAAUCUAUAGCUAAUGGACACUGUAUAAAAAAUUAUGUUCUAAAAGUGCUUCUUUCUGAAAGACAAACACUGGAACUGGAACAUCACAUUUUGAUGACACUAGGGGAAACUGUGUAGGAUUGUGUAAACUUGCAGCCCACCUUUAGAAAUGAAGUAUGUGAAAGUGGCCUUCAGCUUCAUCAAAAUCAGUUAAUUCAAUAAAUUGGAUUGUCCUCAAACGGUCCUUUCAUUUGAAUAAAGUUUGGUAGACAUUAUUUCAUGCCUAGAUAGAUAUGCUUCUUGCUGUACUAAUAUACGUAUAUAUAAAAAACCAAUUUUAUAAAGAGUAAAAGAUCCUAUUCAUUACUUUUAGUCAAGUAUGUAACUUUUUCAA